GCAGGAGGAUGACAGCCAGAAUGCUACCCAGUCCGACGAAUGUUGACGCUUCGCCACUGCUUGAUAAUGUGCGAAUCGCAGCGGCCUCUGCGGCCUGGUCUGUCAAACGCACUCUGGGCACCUACGCAGCCGUAUGAUCGCCUCCUGCUUAAAGUAUGCGGGGCUUCAGAAAAGAACCAGAGAGUGAUAAAGAGAAAGAGGAAGAAAUGAACAGGGCAAUGGACAUGUGCACUGGCUGUGUUCUCUGUUUGGGAUGAACACAGAGAGCCUUUCCACUUACAGGGGGGCCAGGCACCACUGCAUCGAGCAAGGCACCCGGCAGGAGGCAGCUGGAGCCGCUACAGGCCUUCGGCCGAAGUCCGACAUGCCGUCACGCUGCUCCCGGGCAGGCUGCGCUGUCCGGCACAGAAGGGGGCGAGGAAAGGAGAAGCAAGCAGACGACACAGCAGGCAAGGAGCAGGAGGAAAGGAAAGAAAUGAACGAAAGGAGGGCAGCAGCGGCAUGUUCGAGUCGGGUCGGCUUGCUGCACAUGCGCGGCAAGCUGGCGAGUGCCGAAAAACGCGGCGCUCUGCAUUGCGUCGCCACUUCGCCCGAGAAGGACGUGCUAAUGACUUUCCUCGAAACCUAUCUAAACGCAUCUAAUUUCCAAACAAACAACAUGGCAAAACACAAUACACCAGCACAGCUUUUAGGUACUGGUCGGGUAAUUCCGAAAUGCAGCAACUCCAAGAGAGUGCACAUCGAUUAGAAAGUGUAUAUUCGCAGGUCUGCCUCGCAGGGCACCUGAGCACUCAGACUCAUCAAUCAAAGCUCGAGAUUGCUUAUUCGAAGCUGGCGAGCGCAACCGAAGCUAAGCGCAGGCUGGUUUCGGAGUGGGCGUCGGACUCGGAAGUGGCGGUGAGAUUGUCAGAUCGUCACCCCGCAUCCUCAUCCCUGAUAAUGGGACGACCCUGUUCUGGUCGGCGCUCGCGAAAUUACCGCUGAACCUGAUGUCCAAUCCGCUCCACGCCGCAGAAUGAAAAGUCGCGACUGCACGGACGUCCAAGCCUUGGUGAUCGUCCGCUGAACAAUAGGGAGCCGCAUCCGCGACCCCCGCAUUCACGAGAUUCGAAAUCGUGACGUUCUCUACCGCGAUGUCUUUCUUGAAGCCCAACCUCAAAGCGACUACCCACUUUGUUAUGAUGGUUCAUUGCGUCCCCUUGGCACUCGAAGCUGGUCUUCCAGCCCCCUGUCCAAAGAGACCUGAUGAGGCUUCCAGUUUCGUCGCAGGUCAAUCCACCUCCGACCUACUGCUGAAUGCUAAGCGGGACGUGCGAGCCCCCGAAACAGAAAAAAAGAAUGUCCUUCGAGAUGCCCGUCUUUUGAAGAGCGCCCCUAAAAACACCCAUGGUGAUUUGUGCGUCCGUGAACGAGUUCCCGACGCACGCGAAACAAUUGCUAAUAUCCCACGCCCGGUCGAUGUGGAAGACACCUCCGUCCACGCCGACUGCCCUGUUACCGUUGACCCACGUUGUCAUGACCUGAUCAACCUUAAGUUGUAAGCCGUGGAUGUGGAUAUGUUUCAAAAUGAUGUUCUCCACCCCUUUCUCUAGGGGGUCAAUCGACGUGUCCGGACAACAACCGAAUCCAUUGAUUGCCACUCCACUCCGGCGAAGCACAACGCCGCUCAUUGCUGAACCAUCUGGAAGCGCAUCGCCGUCACCCAUGACUGAUAGCAACGGCCCCCCAGAACCUGCCAGAAAAGUCUGGAGAUCGGCGCGUAGCUGCGUGAAGCGCUCUUCAACGGUCUGGUUGGAGCCCCUGAUUUCGACAUUUGUGCUCGCCAUGAGCGACGCUAUGCUGGCGACAUGUGGCAUUAGCGUGUUCACGAUAUGGUCCGUGAAAAUAGCGUGGCUCAACUUGGCACCAAAGGUUUGAGUCAACGAUGGCCAUGUGUCCAAAUUCUGCAGGAGAACAGUCGAAGCGCCAUUGAGUGUUACUCCACCCGCCUCAAAAUCUAUUAUACUCAAAUCUCUCAAUGGUCACACCAGCAUUAUCGUUUCCGUGUACGACAUGGUGCGAGGAGAGGCCAAGCACGCAAUAAACACUCGCAUUACGCGCGCUCGCCAAAGGCUCGCUGGUCAUAGGACUGCCUGCGAACUGUGGCGGGCCCUGGCCAGCAAUGCACGGUGCUGAGCCAAGUUCGAUGAUGCUGAAGAGGCGCCGCUUUUUGUGGAAAUGCUGCGGCCUCCACUGUUGUCGGCCUCCACUCGAUAUCCACGAUAUCCACGUUGUCGGCCUCUGCUGUUAACGCUGCGGAAAAAAUAUACCCACCAUUUUGCGGAUAGGUACUCGAGUCCUCUGGAAUUUCACUCCAGCUUAGAUGGGCCCCUGUAGGAUUGAAUUCGAUGUCCUCCUUUAUGUGAUGUGUGCCAGGCGACCGAAUCCGAACUGUGCUGGGCGCGAAAUCCUCUGCAUAGAGGUCACCAACCAGGCGGCUUCGCAAACGCUGGGAUAGCGCAUCCCCUCCGUGGAUCAAUCUGGAAAUUGCCACCACGAGGGCAAAUAUCAGGACGUAGUAAGCGUAUCCCAUGUUGAUGAUGGCAGUGUGGAUAUAAGGGUACGGUUGGAUGAUGAAGAUAACACGUGUACAAGGUGCACCUGAGCUCCCUCAAGCCAA